GAGCCAGUCCCGAGCCGGCCGCACCUGGCUGGCGAGCUUGGGCGGGCGGAGGGUUGGCGUCCGCGGGGACCUGCGAGCCGGGGCCGCAGCUGCGCGGACGGCGAGGAGAAUGGAGUCUCCUAACAGCCUCCGGGACCGCUGCGAAAUGUGAGCGUCUGCUUCCAGCUUUGCUUUUCCUUCUGUUCUGCAUCGCCUGCGCUCGCCAUCCACCGUGCGGUGCGUUAUCAAAUCUCGCUGCGCUCCAAGAGGGGAGACCAUGAUUGAGUGAGCCCACCCUGUCCGAAGCCAGGAAAAGCACAAAGAAGAAACAACAACGAUGGCCAGGUUGACAGAAUCUAUGACUAACGUCCUGGAGGGCGAUUCCAUGGAUCAGGAUGUGGAGAGCCCCGUGGCCAUUCACCAGCCAAAGCUGCCUAAGCAGGCCAGGGACGACCUGCCAAGACACAUCAGCCGGGACCGGACCAAAAGGAAAAUCCAGAGAUACGUGAGGAAAGAUGGGAAAUGCAACGUGCACCAUGGCAACGUGCGGGAGACCUACCGCUACCUGACCGACAUCUUCACCACCUUGGUAGACCUCAAGUGGAGGUUCAACCUGCUCAUCUUUGUCAUGGUUUACACAGUGACGUGGCUCUUUUUUGGAAUGAUCUGGUGGCUAAUUGCAUACAUCCGAGGAGACAUGGACCACAUAGAGGACUCCUCAUGGACUCCCUGUGUCACCAACCUCAACGGUUUCGUCUCUGCUUUUUUAUUCUCCAUAGAGACGGAGACCACCAUUGGUUAUGGCUACCGGGUCAUCACAGAUAAGUGCCCGGAGGGAAUUAUUCUCCUCUUAAUCCAGUCUGUGCUGGGAUCCAUUGUCAAUGCAUUCAUGGUGGGAUGCAUGUUUGUAAAAAUAUCACAGCCCAAGAAGAGGGCAGAGACCCUGGUGUUUUCCACACACGCGGUGAUCUCCAUGCGGGAUGGGAAACUGUGCCUGAUGUUCCGGGUGGGGGACCUCAGGAACUCUCACAUCGUGGAGGCCUCCAUCAGAGCCAAGUUGAUCAAAUCCAAACAGACUUCAGAAGGGGAGUUCAUCCCCCUGAACCAGACGGACAUCAAUGUAGGCUACUACACAGGGGAUGACCGUCUGUUUCUGGUGUCACCGCUGAUCAUCAGCCACGAAAUUAACCAACAGAGCCCUUUCUGGGAGAUCUCCAAAGCCCAGCUGCCUAAAGAGGAACUGGAGAUUGUGGUCAUCCUAGAAGGGAUGGUGGAAGCCACAGGGAUGACGUGCCAGGCUCGGAGCUCCUACAUCACCAGCGAGAUCCUCUGGGGUUACCGGUUCACCCCGGUGCUGACGCUGGAGGACGGGUUCUACGAAGUCGACUACAACAGCUUCCACGAGACCUACGAGACUAGCACCCCAUCCCUCAGUGCCAAAGAGCUGGCCGAGCUGGCCAGCAGGGCGGAGCUGCCCCUCAGCUGGUCUGUGUCCAGCAAGCUCAACCAGCACGCGGAACUGGAGACGGAGCAGGAAGACAAGAGCCCCGAGGAGCAAGCGGAAAGGAAUGGUGACGUGGCGAACCUAGAGGACGAAUCCAAAGUGUAGGCCCUUGCCGGGCAGCCCCUUCUAGCAGCUUCCGCCCCGGGCACAGCCUGCCUGUCUCUCAUCUCCUUUCUCGUCUGUCUCUCGUACCUCGUGCUUUAUUUACUUAUGUUUGAUUUUGCCAUUACCAGAAAACCAAUCUUCAAGGUGUAAAAUAUCCACCUGCCCUCUCUCAGUUGUUCAGUUUGACAAGGUAGACGUGGAUCGGGUCACAAUGCCACAUGCCCGCUUUUGUGGCUCAAGCUUGAUCUCCUCCCAAAAUACCAACUUUUAACUUCUAGGGAUCAAAGCCACUUUUACCUGCAUGUGUUGUACAAUACCAGGCCACUCAAAAGAGAGUGUCAAAGAUUUUACCUGGCCCGUGACAAGUAUGGUCACUGGUGCCUAUUUAUCUCAAAGUAAGUAGCAGAGCGUGGCCUCCGUUUUAUAGAUCCCAACACGUUUAUCUACCACAGGUGAGGGGCUUGUCCGCAUCGGUACAGCAGGCAUAGGACCUAGGUGAGCUCAAGACAGACAAACCCUGUACAUACAUUUGCCUUAUGAAAUUAUUUUCUUUUGGCAAUUAGAAAUAAAACCCAGCAUGUACAAAAGAACUGUAGAACAGAACUUCUAAAUAAUGUACAUAGAUGUACCAUUAACGUAAUUUUAGAUAUAUAACUUUAGAAAUAAGAAGAAAAAAAAGAUUCCCAGCGUACAGUAGGCAUUUCUGUUUUGAUGUCUGCAUUUUCCACAUUAUUUAAGGCAUGGCCUUUGUUCUGGGUCCCUGCCUGGCAGCCCUUAGGGUACUUCUCUGUCCCUCACGGAUCCUUUUGUUAAAUCUAAUAAGCCAUAGGUCUGGUGGCAGUUGAGAGGUCUAGCAGACGGCAGGACCCACCACCAACACGCUGACAUACUGUGAUACGUUUACAAAGAUAACAAGGGCCUCACGGAUCUUCCUGGGAGAGAAGGCCAGGCACAGGACACCUGGGGAUGUCACCAGUGUCCCACUGCUGCUGUUCACAUGAGCUGUUGCCCUUUGGAAUACAACAGUUUAGGAGAGUUUUAUGUAAAACCACUGAGUCUCCAACUGUUCCACCCUCAAUCAUGAGAAACCACCGACUGUUAAAAGGUGACGUGUGGCCCAUCAUGAAUAUUCAUUGAAUGGAUCCAAGUCUAUUUUCAGCUCCUACAGCUGUGCUCAGUUUGAAGCCUUGCACCUCGGAGGUGGAAGAGAUCAAGCUGGUCGUCCCUCUGUCUCCCUCGCCUUCCCAACAGGCUACACAGGCCUUUGCUGUAGUCGGGGACCCUGCCUACUGAAAAGGACACCCCAGAGCUAAGGAGAGCAGCGCUUCCACUGAACAUCCGGGGUCUCUUCCACUGCAGAAACCUGGCAUCGGGGUACCCAUUUCUUGGCAUGGCUCUUUGGAAACCCAAGCUGUUGGUUGUAGCCCUUUCCUGUUUUCACCGUUUCAUUGUUGGCAUCGGUUAUCUGUUGAGUCGUGUGUCCAUCCCAUGCACCCUUAGGAGGAAGUAGUCGAGGAGGAGGGAGCCCAAUACCCGUGCGGCAGCCUGACCUUGUGGUAGCCUUAGGAAGGUCGUCCUGGCCUGUGGCACCAAGCAAGACGAAGUAGGGGCUGCAAAACAUCUGCUCCGUCCACUCAUGAAAACCCACUGGGCCUUUUUCAACCCAUGGCUAAGGCUUGAAGGACAAACGCUUCCCAUGGUUGUGUUGCCAUUGCAGUCCGGGGCCUGAUGGCCUCUUGCUGUCCUUUAGCAAAGAGAACCGAGACCUUGUCAAGACUUGCACCAUGGCAGUUCUGCCUCUGCGACAGGGUGCCCACUGUCUCGCUGUCACUGUAGUUGGAGACAGACUGGAACCAAAUCUCGUUUUUUGUAAUGUGAGCUCUCUGAAUCUGUAAAGGAGGAUGCUCCUGAAGGACCUUUUAUUAGGAUGUCCCUCUCAAACAUGUCUAUUUUUCUACAGUUACUGAGAACACAGUUUAACGGUGUAUUUUGUGUCAACUGUUAAAAUUUGGAACUGAAAGAAGUUCGUUAAGACAAUUUUCUAAGCAGCAAGUAGGGAAUGGGGUUUUUUGCAUUAAGACAGUUCAACAAAAUUGACCCCACAAUUUCUGCCCUUUCUAUUUCUGAGACCCGGUCCUGCACUCCCCCUGUUAGCAAGACAAGUGCUAUGAAAAUCAAUAAGCUGAUGGGAAUGGGACCCUAACCAAUGAGGUCACUGUCAAGGAGAUAUUUGGGGCGUUCAGUUGGUGUCGUUGAGUCAAUUUUCCCUAAAGCCUGGUGGGAUCCACGAGUUUGAUAAGAACCUUGGACUGUAGGUGUCAUUUGUCCCAGGUGACCCCAGUGUGACAGACCAAGGUACUCCUGGAGCAGAGGGCAUGUGGAGCUGGAGGGGUGACUUCCUGGGGGCUGGGGACUCCUUGGGGCUGUCUGUUUCACUUCCACCCACCCAACUUCCACCCAGCGGGAAACCAACUUCAGUGAUUAAGAAAGUCUCUUGUUUCUUGGCUGUCCCAAGAACUGUCGGGCAAACGUGGUGUUCCCCACACGCAGCCACGCCGUGUCCGUGAAAUGAAACGCUCUCUUACCCCACUCCCUCCUUCCCCCUGUCCCUCCCUUCUCUUUCCCUAGUCGUCUGGUUCCAAAUCUAUUGAUCCAAUUUAGUAUCCUAGUUUCCCUAACAGAAAUCCAGCUCUUCUCUCUAAAACUGUCAACCUAUUUCUUAAAGCACAAUUUUCUCUUCACAGGUCUAACCCAACUAGACCUCUGACAUGUUCAUUUUUCAGUACCCUAAUGUAAAAAUUAUCGCUGACUUCGUUUAAAAGUCUACAUUCAAGUCUCCAGAGCAAUGUUCUUAUGCUUUCCUUCCCUGCAUCUUCUAAUAUUUCUAGUUUCUUGCUUUCUCCUCACCCCUGCGUUCUUUAAAUUUAGAUUUAAACCAGUAUCUUUGGGAUAUUCAGAAACCAGCGGUAGAGGUGGGAAUAGGUAGACAGAGAAAGAAAGCACAAGAAUGCUGUGGGAAAUUCCAUGACCACACUGGGAGGACAGGAGGUCUUAGCUGAGAAGACACAAUAGUAAGUCCCUUCUAACACAGUAUGGCACCUUCUCAGUCUUCCAUCCUUGAACUGGGUGAUUCUCUGUGUGAUUUAGAAGAGUCGGGAGGGUGGCUGCCCAUUAAACACCCCACACGUGGCAAACGUUAUCUUCCAGGUUGCCUUCCUCUCAAUGGCUGGCUAUAAAGUUGAAAAACAAAGGUAACAAAAACAUAAUAUACAGUUCGUUGAUAUUACAUUACAAUACAGCCAAGUCAUAUUAUCUUCUUUCUAGACUUUAUGGCCAACAUAUAUUUAUGAAAAUGUUGUUCUUUGAUUUAAAAUUGAAUAAAACAAAUUUCUUUCCAAUAGUUCUGCCCUUGAUGUCUUGGAGGGCUUUUGGAUGCAGAGAGUCACCUAGAAGCCAAAAUCCUAUCAGGGGGUUGCACAGUAAUAACAAAACAAUUUUGCAACCCAUGUGGUGUGGUAAAUUUUGAGCACCCGUACAAAUCAUCUCAUUUAAUUCUAACCCACACGGGAGGCUGAAUAUUAUAAUUUACAUUGUUCUAGGUGGAAAACUAGAGUUUUGGCAAAGUAAUUUCCCCAAGGUUACAAGACCAGAAAGUCACUGAUCGUGGUCUUAAAUCCAUGUCGCAAAGCUCUAAGCCAGGAGCUCUUUUUACUACAAAAAAAAAAAAAAAAACAGUUGGGCAGACCAAGUCUGUGAACAGAAACUGGCCUGCUGCCUGUCCUUACACCACCUGUGAGCUAAGACUGCUGUUCACAUUUACAAAUGGUCGGAAGGAAACCAAGGCUGUUGUGUGACAUGUGAAAAUCAUAUGAAAUUUAAAUUCCAGUAUCCACAGAUGAAGUCUUAUUGGAGCACAGCUAGGCCCACUUAUUUAUGUUUUGCCCACCCGUGGCUGAUUUCAACAACCUCCACUAGCAGAGCUGAGUAAUUGCAGCAGGGACCAUACGGCCGGCAAAGACUGAAAUGUUUACUAGCUGGCUCCUUACAGGCAAAGCUCAUCCCCGACCCCCUGCACUGUAGUGUGAAGGGGUAUUAACACUGAGGAAGUAAUGGUACUAAUAGUACUACUGGGAAUGGUACUGCACUCUUAAGAGGCGCCUAGGAAGCACGGAAGCAUUUAUACCUUUUCUGGUAUAAAUCUAUCGGAGCCACUCAUAAAUCUGUUUCAAGAAAACAGAACAAAUUUUCUGAUAAAAAGGCACCUGCUUCACAAGCCUAGGGUGGGGCUCAGAGAAAGAAGGCUUCCUUUUCCCUGCCCGCCUGCUCAAUGGGCCCCCUGGUUCUGUCUCGAACCCACCCACCCUCCUCCUCCUCCACUCCCCGCUGAGGCCUCUGUCUUCCGCUCUCUUGGAGGAGAACUAGCAAGGCCACUGAGCUAUCUCUGCUUCUUUGCCAGUUUCCUCUGGGCUACAGGUGAUGCAUGUGGCAAAGAUGGCCCUAGGAUGACGGCUCGUGUGUGAUUACGCUAUCCAGCCUUUCUCUAGCCCCUCAGCUAGAGGUCUAAUGUGUGAAUAAGGAACUGAACGCUUCUCUUGGAAACCCCAGAGGUUCUCUGCCAAGAGCUCUGCACGAUUGUGUGGCCUCCUGUGAAGCACCAGGUGACGAUUGGUAACUGCGGAAACGCUGGAUGGAUGGGAUCCAGACAAUGGGGUUUGUGGAUACAUCGAUACUAAAUGACAUGCGUCACCAGACUCGAACAGCAAACCAAGCGUCCCGCCUGAACUCAAGGCUCUCACCUGGAUGGAGACACACAGGGACACGACUUGGGCUGCCCCAGGGGCCCACGCGGCUUUUCUCAGGACAGCAAAUGCUCAUGCAAGCAUUUUCCCCCUCUGCUCUAUCUUAACCUCCCUCCUCAACUCACCACCACCAUUUGAUCUUUCCUGGCCCCUCCCCUUUGAGGUUAAUUUCAUUCUGGAGCAGUGGCCACCCAGUGACACGCGCACAGGGUUCUGCAGUGACUCAGGCACCUGCCUGUGUCAGCACAGUGACCUACCCCCCUCCCCCGCCAUCUGCACAGGCUGCGUUCUGGGGGAAAGCCUGGCACUCCUCGGUAACCCAGGAGGUGCGGUGGCUGCUGCCAUGGCAACCUCCAGCCUAUCUGCAAGGACCACUCUUGUGCAGGCUGCAGGCUGGAGGGGGCUGAGGCUCCAGGGAUGAUCCACCUACAGACAGCCUUGGGGGAAACCACGGAGACCAGGGCAGUCCCCCCACAAACGUUCCUGUGCCUGCUUAGGAUGGCUCAAAUUUAAUAAUGGCCGUGUUGCUUCUGAAAAGCUUUUCUCUAAACAACCCUUCCCACACACACCCCAGCAUUUGCCUUACAAAAACCUCCAAAAACACAUUCACAUUCUCUAACGUAACAAAUGUCCACAGAACUGCCAUCUUCCUAAUCAGUAAGUAAACUCUGCCCACAAGAUUGAAAAUGGCCCAAAACAGAGUUUCAAUAAUAAGCCCAAGGAUUAAUAAAAGCACUUAAAAUUUGUAAGUGUAGAUUCUUUUAGGAAACCUAAUUUCAAGGCAAAGAUAACUCAUUUUUGCUCCAGGGUGCAAUAUUCCCAGAUGGCUGUGCCAUUUCCCAUCUGGCUUUGAUCCUGAGGAAAGAUCCGUUUAUACCAGCCUGGAAGGGUAGAACUGAGCACUGAUGCCUGCAAAGCUGGAUUCAGUCCGGCCCCUGGACCCGGCAGAAGUAAACUCUGCUGACCAGGAAGAGCUCUGAGUAGACCAACCGUACCUGAACACAGACUUCGGGAGAUUCUGGGGACAGUGGCUCUUUAGCUGACGUGAAGGGAGAAACUGACAGAUCUGAUUCCAGCACACCAGAGGGCGUCUCAGCAGAUCCCAAAGUUGCUCCUGGCCUGGUGGGCUUGUCGGGUCUCCACAGGCUCAGAGGACAGAUGAAAACUUUCCACCACCUAGACAGCCACAGUGGGAACUUUCCUCCCAGUCAUUUUCCAGUCCGUUACAGCAAGCCUGUGAUUGCGAGAUUCCUCCCUGCUGGCGUCUCCAGAUCUGUCCCCAUGAAACAGCAAGGUGAUAGCAUUCUCAGACCUCUUUAACCAACACAUUAACUCACAAAAAUACAACUGCCUUCCCAUGCACACAUACAUAUGCACACACAUAAACACACAUGUACACACACACUCUCAUAUAUACACACUUCUUUCCAGUCAGGUAUGAGCUGGUUCUCAUAAGUACAUUCUAGGAAACAUAAGCCUUAAGAGUGAAGAUCACAUUUCCCCUGCCAUCAUGGUGGUAUUCUUUCUUAACCAUACCGGACACUUUGCUCAACCCACAGGCCGUGGGCCAUAGAACCACCUUUCUCUCUAAGCUCUGGGGAAACCCUGGACUCAGGUUUAGGGGACCAGGAUUCUGGUCCUGCCCCCAGGUUAGCUGUGGGGUCCUGGAUAAUUCACUGGACUGCUUUGAAACACCUUUCUCCUCUUCUUUUUCUUUUCAUUGAUAAAUGUUACUUUUUAGAGAAACUUUGGGUUCAUUGAAAAAUUAAGCAGAAAGUACGGAGUCCCUAUGUGCCCCAUUAUUGACCUGUCACGCCACAGGGGUGUGUCCAUUACAGCUGAUGACCUCACUCACUCCUGGGGUAGUACAUUCUGCGUGAUUGGGCAAAUGCCCAAUGACAUAGGUCUGCCGUUACAGUUUCAUAGAGAGUGGUUCUGUGGCCCUAAUGCGCUUCGUGCUCUGUCUGUUCAUCCCUCCCUGGCCCCGGUGGUAGCAGCUACUGAUCCUUCCACAGUCUCCAGUUUUGCCUUUUCCAGAAUAUCAGAUAGUUGGAAUCACACAGUGUACAGCCUUCUCAAGUCAGAUUCUUUCACUUCUCCAUGUCUUUUCAUGGCUUGGUAGCUCUUCUAUUUUUUAGCACUGAACAAUAUUUCAUUUUCUGGAUGUAUCACAGUUUAUCUGUUCACUAAAGGUAUUUGGGUUCCUUCCAAGUUUUGGCAAUUAUAAAUAAAGCUCCUCUUAACAUCUCUGUAGGUUUUUGUAGGGACAGUUUUUCAGUUCAUUUAGGCAAAACCAAGAAAUACGAUUGUGCUAGUGUAUGAUAUGACUACACUUACUUUUGUAAGAAACUACCAAACUGCCUCUCAAAGGGGUCUGCCAUUUUGGACUCUACCAGCCAUGAAUGAGAGUCGCUGUUUCCCAUAUCCUCAUCCACAUUCAGUGUUGUCCAAGUUUUGGAUUUUGGCCAUUCUAAUAAGUGCGCAGUCAUAUUUUAUUGUGGUCUUAAUUUGCUACUGGUAUAUAAUGUUAAACAUCUUUUCCUAUGCUUACUUUCCAUUUCUAUAGCCUUUCUGGCAAAGGUGUUUGCCCUGGUCUUGCAUCCAUGUUAUAAUUAGGUUGUUUGUUGUCUUGUUGUUGAAUUUUAAAAGCUCUUUGUAUAUUUUGGAUAAUAGUUCUUAUCAGAUGUAUCUUUCACAAAUAUUUUCUCCCAGUCUUGUGGUUUGUCUUGUCAUUCUCUGACAUUUUUUGUAGGACGGAAGUUUAUCGAUUUAAUUAAAUCCAGCUUACCAGCCAUCAUGAAUCGUGCCUUUGAUGUUGUAUCUAAAAGGUCACUGCCAUACUCAAGAUUCUCUAAGUUUUCUCUUACAUUAUCUUCUAGAGGUUUUUGGGGUUUGAGGGUUUUUUUGGUACCGGGGGUCGAACUCGGGUCCUGUGCUUUCGAGGCAGGCAGCAGAACCACUGAGCUAAAUCCCCAGCCCCUUCUAGAGGUUUUUUAAUUUUGCAUAUUAGAUCUGUAGUCAAUUUUUGAGAAGAGUGUAAAGUCGAUGUUUAGAUUUCUUUUUUCAUUAGAUUCCUAGUGCAGAUGUCCAAUUGUUCCAAUACCGUUUGCUGAAAAGACUGUCUUUUCUUCUUUGUCAAAGAUCAGUCAUCUGUAUUUAUGUGAAUCUAUUCAUAGGCUCUCAAUGCUCUUCUUUUGGUUAGUUCCUCUUUCUUUUUCCAAUACUAUAUUGUCUUAAUUACUGUGAAUUUAUACUAAGGCUUGGGGUCUCACGCUGUCAGUCGUCUGAUCUUGUGCAGUUCCUUAAUAGGGAGUUGUCUAUCCUGAAUCUUGUUUCUUCUUGUAAACUUUAGAAUGAGUUUGUAUUAUAAAGUAACCUGCAGGGUCUUUGGUGAUGUAAUGGCUCUGUAGAUCAAGUUGGAAGCGCAAACCACUAGUCAAAACUGAGACUUCUUUUCCAUGUGCAUGGAAUAUAUCUCCACUUUUUUAGUUCUUCCUAAUACCUUUCAUCAGAGUUUUGUAAUUUUCCUCAUAUAGAUCUUGUACCUGUUUUGUUAGAUUUAUACCUAAGCAUUUCACUCUUUGAGUUGCUAAUUUAUAUGGUACUGUGCUUUUAAUUUUGAAUUCCACUGUUCGUAGAUGGUAUGUAGGAAAGCAAUUGUCUUUUGCACAUUAAGUUUGUACCUUAUAACCUUGCUAUAAUGGAUUAUUUUUAAAAUAGGAGAGUUUCAUCAGUUCUUUCAGAUUUUCUACAUAGAGAAUCACAUCAUCAGCAAACAAGGUUUUGUUUCUUCUUUCCCAAUCAGUACACCUUUUAUUUCCUUUUUAUGUCUUAUUUCAUGAGCCAGUGUUUCCCAUAUCAUGUUGAAAAGCAGUGCUGAGCCAGGCGCAGUGGCACACGCCUGUAAGUCCAGCUACACAGGAGGCUGAGUUGCGAGGAUUCCAAGUUCAAGGUCAGCCUGGGAAAGGUGGUGAGAACCUGUCUAAAAAAAAGAAAGAAAGAAAGAGAAAAAGAGAAAAGAAAAGCAAUGAUGAGAAGAGAUCUCUGCUUUGUUCCUGAUCUUAUUUUAGUGAGAAAGUUUUGAGUUUCUCACUUUUGAGUAUGAUAAUAGCUAAAAAGUGUUUUGAAUAUAACUUGCGAAGUAGUGGAAUUUCUCCAUUAUUCCCAGUUUAUUGAGGAUUUUUACCAUGAAUCAUUAUUGGAAUUUAUCAAAUUAUUUUUCUGCAUCUAUUGAUGUGAUCAAUUUUUCUUCUUUAGCCUGUUAAUAUGGGUUGCAAUAAUUGGUUUUUGAAUGUUAAACCAGCCUUUGUUUACCUGGAAUAAGUUCCACUUAACUGUGCUGAAUAAUUUUUUUACUACUUUGUUGGACUCAAUUUGUAAACAUUUUAUUGAGGAUUUCUGCAUCUACAUUCAUUAGAGAUAUUGAUCUGAAGGUUUUUUUCUUGCAAUAUCUUUGUCUGGUUUUGGUAUUAGGGCAAUACUGAACUCCUAGAAUGAGUUUAAAAGUAUUCCCUCUAUUUCUGUCCUCUGAAAGAGACUGUAAAGAAAUGUUUGGUAGAAUUCACGAGUGAACCUAUCUGGGCCUAGUGCUUUUUGUGUGGGAAAGUUAUUAAUCAUUUACUCCAAUUUUUAAUAAAUAUAGGCCUAUUCAAUAGAUUAAUCAUUUCUUCUGGUAUUAGUUUUGACAGAUGAUAUCUUUCAAGGACUUCAUCCAUUUCACCUAGGUUAUCAAAUUGAGAGACAAAGGGCUGUUCAAAACUUUCCUUCAUUAUCCUACCAAUAUGUAUGAGAUCUGUAGCAAUGUCUCCUCUUUUCUUUCUGAUAGUAGUAAUUUGCAAUCUCUCUCUCUCUCUUUUUCAGUACUAGGAAUCGAACUCAGGACCUUGCGCUUGCCAGGCAGUGGCGGCACCACUGAGCUUAAUUCCCAGCCCUUCUCCGUGAUCUUUUGAAAGAAUAGCUUUGGUUCCACUGAUGUUUUAAUGAAAUUCCUAUCUUUAACUUCAAUGAUCACAGCUCUAAUUUCUAUUUCUUUCCAUCUGCUCAGUUUGAACUUAAUUUGCUCUUCUUUUCCUAAGAUCCAAGCCCAGAUGAUUGAUUUCUGAUGACCUUUUCUAAUACGUUCAUUCAAUACUACAAAUUCCCCUCUAAGGACAGCCUUCACUGUGUAAGUUGUACUUAUGUCUUCAUUUACUUCAAAAUAUUCUUUAAUUUCUCUUGAGAUUUCUUCAUUGUAUUUAAAAGUGUGCCAUGUAAUCUCAAAGAAUGAAGAUUUUUCAGCCAUCUUUCUGUUAUUGAUUUCUAGCUGAAUUCCUUUGUGAUCUAGGGGCAGACCCUGUAGGAUUUCUGUACUGUAAAUGUGUUAAAGUGUGUUUUAUGGCCCAGAAUGCAGUGUUCCUUGAUGAAUGUUCCCUGGGCUUGAGAAGAACAUGUAAACUGCUGUUACUUUUCUUGCCUUCCUCGGCAGGCAUCUGAACCCCCCAGGCUCUGUUUCUGUGACUCUUAUAAGUUCCAAUCCACACUAUCGCCAGUUCAGGUCUACACUACUCUUACACUAUGCGGCCCCAGGUGAGUUUUGAGUCUUUUCCUUUUUAUUAUUUCCCUGAUCCCUUGGCUGAUAGCAGUGAAAUUCAACUACCAACCAUACACUUGUUUCCAGCAGCCCCUUGCCAAUCACAUCCUUCUCCUUUCUCUUCCACCACCACCAAACCUGGCAGCAGAUAGACGCUGUGUGAGGAAGACGCCUCCUGGAUAAAUAAGGCAUUACCAGGCAAGCACUGCAGGCUCCUCUGUGUAGAAAACGCCCAGUGAGGGUUAGCAUCACUGAUAGAAAAUAACUGCACAACUACCCCUUGAGGCUUAUCCACGAAGCUCCCACAGGUGAUCGCAAGUCAGGUGUUUCGUCUUGUUCUGUUCUGUUCUGCUCUGUUGCUGAGUUUGUUUCUUGAGACAGAGUCUUGUUAUACAAUCCAGGUAGCCUUGAACUUGCUAUGUAGCCCAGGCUGGCCUCACAUUGACAAUCCUCCUGCCUCAGCCUCCUAAGUGCUGGGAUUACAGGCGUGCACCACCACAUCUAGCCUGGCAUUUCCUGGCCUUGUUUUUAACCUAAACCUAAUGCUCUUUUCCCUGAAGCAUGCAUCUAGGACCCCAGGGAAAAACACAAAUGCUAAAGCCAAUAGAACAUCAUUAAGGAAGCAAAAAGCUUAAACCACAAUGACAUUUUAAUUUAACUACUUUAUUUUAGCCAUAGCCCUCUUUUUUACAGAUACCACUUUUUUCUGCUUUAUUUUAGUCAUAUACCAAUAGUGGAAUUUAGUAGCUAUUUUCCUUCUAUUAAUUGAAAAAUAAUUAAUUGAAAGAUAAUUAAUUUUGUCUUUCCUAAUAAAAUAGCAUCAUACAGUACUAAGGCCCAAAAUAUGUCCUAGGGCCUAGUAAAAUAUACAAGCCACCUGCUAAACUAGAAAGAAAAUUCUUCUCGGAAGUUCACUGGUACAAAAGUCCACGGCAGGGCCAAAGUUUCAAUUGCCUCUUUCAUUGUAAAUCUGUGCAGCUGAGACUGAGACGAAAUCUCGUUUGGAGGUUGCACGGCUGGAAAUGUGCUUCUUCUGACCAGGAUUUCUCACUCUGACCAUGACCCAGAACGCUCAGCUGAGUCCAGCAGCCACAGUCUAGGGGUGUCAUCGAGGGGCCCACCGAGGUGCUAAAUCCAGUAUCCACUCCCAGAGAACACAAACAUGCUUAAGGGGGAAAAAAAACAGCUAGUACUUGAGUUUUUGAUCGACUGCUUCUAUCCCGCAGAGAAAUAGUGUUUCGCUUCCAAGGUAAUAGGAAGCUCACCAAUGCAGGGAGCUGCCACACGUUGUUAUUUUUGUUCUCCAGGAAUCCUGGCAGCCAACUUAAACUAGACCAGGAAAAAACCCAAAGCACUCAGAAAGACAUCUGAUGCUCCAAACGUUAGUGUCCCAAAUAUGCACACACUUGACUGAGUGUUGCCCAAAACAGUUAGUGAACCCUUCAAAUGCAGUUAGUGAUGGCCUAGGCCAGAGGCUGUGAAGACUCUGAGAGAGAGAGAGUAACAUCCUGUCCACUGUCCUCAACAAGCCCAUGGCCGCCACCUCCUACCAUGUGACACCACUGAGCUGGGUGCAUGAAGCCACACAAAGCCUUGUGAACAAACGCUGACUCCACUUCACACUUAGAGCAACUGAAACUGAGGUCUAGGGUUAGGAACGAGAGGACCCAGUACAGAGGAGCAGCUAUUACAAAUGUGCUGGGAUUGACAGAAAGCAAAACGGCUUCUUUGUAAGCAGUAGGAGAUGGCAUCAUGGGGAAGGAAAGGACAUCACUUCAGGCCAGGUGGGCUUUGGAAGAGAGAGACCCAGGGAGAAGGCACUUCCGGUUGAGGGCCCAGCAUGGGAGGGGUCCAAAGACAGACACCCAGGGGAUGGUGCCUAGGCCAGCCUACAUAGGGUGGGUGGCUCAUCGUAGGCUUUGAUAAAGCAUGCAUUUGGAAAACUGGUGCUAAAUUGUAGAAGACUUGGAAUUCCAGGCUACCGAACAUGGACUAAGGAAGAGAAUCUGUGAAUAAAACUACCAUAGUGCUGAAAAUGCUCUUAAAUCUUUAAGAUUUGAUGAAAAUAACACUUUUCAUUGAAUAAAAGCAAAACGUCCUUUAGCACAACUGUCAAGCAUUCUGAAAUGAUUGAGUGAAUCCUUGAAAAGCAGAAAAAAAUUAGGGAAAUUUCAGUAGUGUGUAGUAAUACACUACAUGUCCAGCAAAAUCAUAACCAGAGUUGUAGGAGACAUGUGUGUAGAUGCUAGAAAAUGCAAUAUAUAAAAAACACUUUUCUCUGAGCAAAACCAAUGACCCUUUAGAGAUGAAUAGGAAAAAAAACAAAAAAAACCCCAGAAUUUCAUCUUUCAAAAAAUCCAGCCAAGGCUUCUGACUUUUCUUCAUGAUCAAGUAACUAAGAUCCGCUUCUGAGGUCAGUACUGCCGACCUGUCCACCACGCUUUUAAACAGGAGAGCCAGGUCGAGCUCCAGUACUGGUUUGGCCCCUGCCCCUCCUUCCCGUCCUUUCGUGAGUCCCUCUCCUCCACUCCAAAUACGCCUGUGCACGGACAAGAGGAAAGCAUGCGCCACGCGAAAGCACAAAUUAUGUAUUGAGAAAUCACUACAAUGCCAAAUGUUUUUAGAAUAAAAAAAUCAAUAUAUAUCUUUAAGAACUCGCUGUGUUAGGGAAACUGUUUACAUAUUGAGGUGUUCCUCUUUUUUUGACUGGAACAAAUAAAAAAAACUUUGAUAUGG